AUGUCCUUCCCUCCUCUCUUCUCGCAGUCUUUUUAUUCGCGUUUUCCUUAUUUUCCAUCACCCGUACCUCCACCAGGCUUUACGCCCGGAGAUCAGCCUCGAAAUGUCCUUCGAUUCCGCGAUUUUCACCGCACACAUUUCCUACCUAACAGAGACUUUUUCCGUCAGGCUUUGAACCCUUCGCCGAAUGGUUUAUGGAAUAUAAUCGAUAAUAGUGAAUCGACGGAAUGGAGCGAAUGGACGAAACGGCAAGGAGUGGAAUUCGUGUUGAGUGAAGAAGCCAUUGCCAUGUUUCGCUUUUCAGAAAUGAGAAGAGAAGAGUUAAAGUCAAGUUCCAAGGGACAGCCACCUGGCUCUCCUACGUUAUCUGACUCUUCCUCAUCGGCAUACGUCACCGAAAUACCACCAUCACACACACCUGCUUGUCCAUUUUCCCAAUCGGAUUAUACUCGUCUUUACGGUAAUAACCAUGAAGAGAUCAGACUUCUCGAGUCUUUGGUUAAUUUCAAAUUUCAGACAGCCGUUUCCGAUGGUAACAAGGAUGGCAAUGACGUUGUAUACUGGCCAGUUUUACCAUUGAGAUUCGUUUGA